CCCUUAGGCCCUGUGUCUGUGCUAGUGGCUGACUCCCUAGCCCCGGGGAGUUAACCCCUGACUCAGCCCAGCCCGUCAGAUCCAGAGUCGGGUUUUUUCCUGGGUCAUUCUGACCUCCCUGCUGCUGGGAGAACGUGUUUGCCGGGCAGUCAAAGAUCUAUGCCUACAUGAGUCCGAACAAAUGCUCUGGAAUGCGCUCCCCUCUUCAGGAAGAGAACUCAGUUGCACAUCACGAGAUCAAAUGCCAGGGGAAGCCAUUAUCUGGGAUCUACAGGAAGCGAGAAGAGAAAAGAAACGCUGGGAAUACAAUCCGAAGCUCCGGGAAGUCCGAUGAACAGAAGAUCAAAGACGCCAGGAGAGGUCCCCUGGCACCUUUUCCAAACCAAAAAUCUGAAGCAGCAGAACCUCCAAAAACUCCACCCCCAUCAUGUGAUCCUACCAAUACAGUGGUUGCCAAGCAGGCCCCGAAGAAGCCCCUGAAGGGCAAGCAGGCCCCUCGGAAAAAGUCUCAAGGGAAAACACAGCAGAAUAGAAAACUCACGGAUUUCUACCCGGUGCGAAGGAGCUCCAGGAAGAGCAAAGCCGAGCUGCAGUCUGAAGAAAGGAAAAAAAUCGAUGAGCUGAUUGAGAGCGGAAAGGAAGAAGGCAUGAAGAUUGAUCUCAUUGAUGGAAAAGGCCGGGGUGUGAUUGCCACAAAGCAGUUCUCCCGGGGAGACUUUGUGGUCGAAUACCACGGGGACCUCAUUGAGAUCACCGACGCCAAGAAGCGGGAGGCUCUGUAUGCACAAGACCCCUCCACAGGCUGCUACAUGUACUAUUUUCAGUAUCUGAGCAAAACCUACUGCGUGGACGCCACUCGUGAAACGAACCGCCUGGGGAGGCUGAUCAAUCACAGUAAGUGUGGGAACUGCCAGACCAAACUGCACGACAUCGACGGUGUGCCUCACCUCAUCCUCAUCGCCUCCCGAGACAUUGCAGCUGGGGAGGAGCUUCUGUACGACUAUGGGGACCGCAGCAAGGCCUCCAUCGAGGCCUACCCAUGGCUGAAGCAUUAACCACGCGGCCACCCCGCCUCCCCGCCACCCUGCCUCCUUCAGAGGACAAAGUGCCCUCAAAGGGAAAUGAUUUUUUUUUUUUUUUACACACACUUACUCUUAGCUAAAUUACUUCAAAUGUUUUUAAAAAAGUAUAUUAAAGAUGCCUUUUCAUGUAGUAUUUAAAUAUCUGUUCCAGGUUUCCAAGGUGGACUUGAACAGAUGGCCUUAUAUUACCAAAACUUUUAUAUUCUAGUUGUUUUUGUACCUUUUUGCAUACAAGUUGAACGUUUGUGCUUCCCGCCCGCGCAGUCUAAGACUCGGCACAGGUUUUAGAGAAUGGAGUCGAACGUGAACUAGGAAGCUGGGCUCUGCCCGAGAUGAAAGCCAGGACUCCCCCGCACCCCACGUCCACGGACAGGCGGGUGUGGGGGUGCUGCCAUCCCCCACGCACGGCCUGGACGGGAUGUCUCCAAGCUCUUGUUCUCCUCAGCGUCUUGACAGGCGUACACAUCGACGUGUAUGAAUUAUUUUUUAACAAACGUUUCGCAGUAAGCUAGUCUUCCCCUCUGCUUUCUCCAAAGCUUACUGAGCCCGGGGCUCGGAGGCCCAGCCAGGAACAGACCUCUUCCACAGGCUUUCGGCUUUUCCAGGCACCUUGAAGCAUCAGGGUGGGCAGUCAGACCAGAGGCAGGCCGGGAAAGCACUGUUCUCCUGUCCCAGCGGGGCAGGCCUCCUUGAAACUGCAUUAAUUCUUUAUAGAAAUGUGAACACUGAAUUUAUUUUAAAAAAUAAAAAUAAAAAUAAAAAACCAAAACACUUAAAAAAAAUCAAAAAAAAGAAAAAAUGGAAAAAAAAACCACAGAAAACAACUUAUAUGUAUAUAGGUUUUGAAGGGAGUGAAAUGGCUGUGUUUUUCUUUUCUUCUUCUGGGGUUCCUUUAUUUUUUAUCUUUUUGGCUUGGCUGGCUGGUUUGUGUAGAGAAGAUUGGAGAUGGUACUCUAUUCUAAUCAAAAGUAAGGUUUUGUAGUGGGACCAGAAAUUACUAAGCCCAUACACCCCCCUCCCCACCCGCAACCCCGAUUCUGCUGUGUGGAAAGUUUUCUACCCGCUGUCCAGGCAGAACCCCUGUAUCCUGUGAGAAUGGUGCCAGCCCAGGUCCCCUGCCAGCAUCAGGCAUCAGAUGUGUUGGCUCUAGGGUGCCUGGCAGCCAGAGAUCCAGGAUGAGAGUUAAGUUCUUACCUGUGAUGAUAGCAGAAGUAGAUGGCUUCCUUCUCCCUUCCCGGGAAGGACUAAUUCUAACCAUUCACCUUCAGUCCAGGGGCUGGGGCUCUGGAGCCCGGUAUGAGAACCUACCCUUGUCCCCAACACCUCCCCCUAUCCCCCCAGCCUCAGGAUGGUGCUACCUAAGAGAGUCUUCCCCACACCCCUUGCUAGCCCGGUCAGUGGUCAGACUUGGAGGAGGAUCCGAAGGAGGGUGUAACUGUGAGAGAAAAUGUCUUGGUUGUACCUGUUUGUGGCUUAGCUUUGUAUUUAAAUAGCAAAGAAAAAAAGGAAAUAAACUUGAAAAUUAUUUGUCAUCAUAAAAAUAAAGCAAAAAAAUUAAAAUAUUUAUUGCCAGGCAAGGCCA